AUGCUCUCUGCUCCCGCUGUACUCCCAAUCUCCUCUCAUACCAGCGAUCAAGCUCCAAGACAGCACUGCCUCAGCUCCACCUCAGAUCAGGAUGACUACAUCGCUCAAGCUCAAGCUCGAAUGCAACAGUGGGGCAUCGCUCCCAUGCCCCUAGCAGAGUGCUGCUUCGUGUACCUCCAUCAAGAUCCGGAUCGACCUGACGAGCCUGACGCUGCUACACACGACCAUGCGGCCGGCACAGCAGCGGUGCAUGAUCAUUCUUGGUGUAUCCCGGAGGACACCUUCCGUGGCAUGGACGACGCGGUGGACAUCUUCUUCAGGGCUCUCCCUGCCGCUUCCAUCCAGGAGGAGAGCGUUGCCUCUGCCCUCGAGGCGCCAGCCCAGGCAACGAAGAUGAGAGCAGGUAAGCCGGACCCCUCGCCUGCCCCGCCGUGGACCUCGUCGGGUCCUCUGCAAAAGUCCAGCCGCUGGAGCGAUGCUCGCAAGGCACAGCACAGCCUCACGUGCCGCAGCAAGACCAAGCUCUCCAUCGCCCAGAAGCUCGCCAUCAUCCACGACUAUCAGGUCAACAGCACUCCGCAGUCCGUGCUGGCAGCCCGCUUUGGCAAGAGCAAGUCCGCCAUCUCCAAGAUCCUGCGGCCGGACAACGUCGCGAGGCUGAGGUCCAUCCAAAGCGUCGGGGUGAAGGCGACGCAGAGCAGCUGCGCGAGGUCGCACAACUUGGAGCUGGAGCGGCGGCUGCACGAGUACGUGGAGAUGAGCCAGCAGGACGGGCAGUGGAGGCAGCUGAUCCGGACGAAGGCCAAGGAGUUAGCGGGGGAGCUUGGGCUGAGCGGGUUUCGGGCGACGAAGGGAUGGUGCAAUCGGUUCAUACAGCGCCACGGGUUUGAGACGGCGAUGACGGGGGCAUGCGCUGGCAGUUCUGAGUACUUUUAA